AUGAGCAAUAAAUCUUCAUUUUUUGUUUCCAAAGUACUUAAAGUUCAAUCUGAAGUCCAGGCAUCGCCAAGAGUCACUAAACUUCCAAGUGCAACCUUAAUUCGAGGAUCAGUUCCAUCAAAGUUUAUCAAGAAGUGGACAGACUAUACCGACGAUGCAGCUGUUCAAAAUUCAGUCAGUCCAGUCAAUGGUGACAUGAGCUUCUCGUUGCCAAUUAUAAGAGUCUUCUUAACACCAUUGCUUAAUAUCAAUAUUGAUAUGGUAUACCAGACUGGCAAGGAUGGAAUUGAAUUUGAAGUUCCGUUGACCAAAAAUUUCAUCUCGGUUGACUACCAAAGAAGUGUCUUUAAGAAUGACGCGACUUACUAUUUGAACUCGAUGGGAUCCAAGAUGAAUAUGGAAAGUGUUGGACUGAAUAAGUUCAAAAUGAUUGAUGAUAAGGAUGGAGAGGUUGAUGUGACUUACUAUCCGGAACAGCAAUAUUUCAUCGUUGAUUCUGCUUUGGAAAAAUUGGUUUAUGGAAAAUUCAGCGACACUGGAACUGCUCAAUAUGAAUUGUCUUAUAAAAUCUGGCGUGAGACUGGCGAUGAUCCAGACAGCUUGAUAAAAAUUCCUGUUGCUUGGUAUUUGGCUGAACGGCACUCAAAAUCUGAUGAUCGAGUGAUUUACUAUCGAUAUGAGACUGUGGAAGUUCCACAUCAAUUAAAUCCAAAAGUUUCGUACACAUCUGAAGUCAUGCUGAAGUCAAUCGAUGAUGGCAAUGAUGUGAAAGUUCAAUUUGAGUACGGACUUAAGGAAUCAUCAGAAAAUGAGGAAAUGAAGCUGAAAAAUGACGACGGAAAUUUAAGAAUGGGAAACUUUUUGGUCGACAAGCACUUCCUGAAUAGAAUCAAAGUUGAAACUGAAACUUAUGAGCAGGAUUUUGGACUGACUUAUGACUUAUUUGAUGGAAAGACUAGAGUCCCGAAGGCUCUUACUCAAGUCAUGUCUGAUGGCAAUUCCGAAGAAGUUUUAAGCUUUAAGAAUCAGAAAAUUUUUGACAAGUUCCUUCCGUCCGAAAUUGGAAUUUUCCAUGGCGUGACUACAAAGUUUACUUAUGACAAUCAAGUCGUCGCCUCACCACUAUUGGAAAAGCACUUCCUUCUUAAAAAUCGACCAUUAAUCUCAUCCAACAGUGAUGUCCUCUCAUUUGCAUCCUUGGUUGACAAUCGAAUGAUUUUAAAGAUUUUUGACUUCAGAACCUUCAAGCUUGUCAAGGAGGUUACAAUCAAUGAUCAAAGAACAAUUGAUGAGAAGUCCCUGAAUGUUAAGUUUAGUAGUCACUGCUUGAUAAUAACUUACAAUACAGAUCAAGCUAGCUAUGUUAAAGUUUAUCAUCAAACUGACAGCAAGAAAUGGGAAGAUGAGCCAACAACCUUUACAUACAGCAAGGAUGCCAAGAUCUAUACAUCAGGACAUAACUUUGUUGUUGUUCAAGAUGGAAAGACACUUGAUGUCCUUCAGAAGUUGAUAAAUGACAACAAAUGGAUCAAGUAUCCAUUCAGCACCGGCGAUGACAAAGCAAAAGUUUUCCUUAAUGAAAGGUCAGCUUUCGUCCGUGAACAAGGUAAUAUCCAUGCACUGUACAGAACAUUCGAUGGUGUUUGGAAUUUAAAGAAGAUCAAGUCAGGCCUUGAGUCAACAGCUACUCAAAUUGCUGACUUAUUUGAUGCUAAUGAUGACGUCAUUAAUUUAAUCACGAAGACUUUAGAGACGAACAACAUGAAAGUUGUGAAUAAUGCCAUAAUUGUGUCAAACUUGAAGUUCCUGUCCAGUGAGCAGUUCAGAAUUGAGUUUAAGUUUUUGACUAUCAAUGAUCAAUAUGAUGUCGAGAGGGAAGAUGACUUCACACAGGAUCGUGAAAAGAUGUCGGAUAUCCAACAAAAAUUCGAAAGUAAGGAAAAUGAGUCAACAUUGAUCCUGAAAUACUCGAAAUCUGGAAGUAAGUACAUCAUUCAAGUUAAAGAUUUUGAAGGCAAGAUUCUCGAUGAGAUUAAUAAAGCACCAGCUGGAAAGGAACGUGAAAAAUUAAGGCAAGCUUACUGCGACGAAUUUAACAAAAAUGAAGACUUUAAGAAAGCUAUGAAAGGCAAUUUCAUCCUCGACUGGCCGAAAUAUUAUCCAUUCAUUCAAGGUGGGAUGAAUGACAUGAUAUUUUCAGAGGAUAUCCAGUUCCGCAUGACUGGCACUAGAUUUACAAAAAGUCAAAUGAACACAAAACGAACUGUUAAACUUGGCAAGUACUACGAGCUAGUUUUUGACAAUGAACAUCCAGAAAGUGUCAAACUGUUGAGUCAAAAAGAUUCAAGCUUCAGCCAGGACUUGAACCUUCAUCAGUCAAACAUGCUGAUCAACUUAUAUCCUUACUAUAUUGCAUACCAAAGUGAGGAAGCUACAACAAAAAUCAUCAUUUUUAACGACGGAAAGUCAAUCACUAAGCAACAAACGUUUUAUAAGGAACAACUGAUGUUUGAGUCCACUCAUGGAUACUUCAUGACCAUCAAAAAGUCUGAAGACGCAUCACAUGCUGAACCAUUCGAAUUAAUAUUCAGGAACUAUGCACAGUUCCAGACAGAUAGUCCGCAUCCAGUCAUUACAACAACUGAAAUGUGGAAGGACUUUAAGGAUCAUAAGGAACCAACAGUAAGAUCCUCAAAGAAGUCAAGAGGCAACAAACGAGGCAGCACAUCUGAUUCUCCAACCUCAAGAAUCACAAAGUAUGACAGAUCAUUUAAAGCUACUAAUAAUUUGUGGACGGCAAAUGUCAAAAUGAUGAAUGGACAGUCAACAAAUGAGAAUGGCUGGGUUGAGUAUUAUGUGACUAGGAAUGAUGAAGCUGAUACUGAGCAGGUGACAAGCUACUAUGACAGUGACAAGAUGCUACUCAAAUCUGAAAAGAAGGAAGAAAAGAAAGAUGAAAAGACUGAUUAUUCUGACAACUUGCUGUAUGACGUAACUGCGUCACUUGAAAUCUCAAACUUUGUUCCUUACAAAAAGUCUGAAGACUCUUUUGGAUAUUUUGGAUUUGAGAACUAUGAAGGCAGUGAUGGAUGGACGUUUUAUCCUAAAAAUGUCAUCAAAAAUGGCUUCGCAUUGACUGGAAAAAAUUAUCUCAGACUCAAUCAGGACGACACAUUUGAGAGAUCAUUCAUGCCUAAAAAUAAGGAAGAACUCUUCAUUGCUGCAGCUUGGAUGAGGUCAGUAGGAAUGGAAACUGGAGAUCGUUUAGAUAAUUUUAAAGCUUUGGUCAGCUUCACAUCUGAUGGAAAGAAUUUCACUGACUUUUUUGGUAUCUUGGGUAAUGUUAAGCACCAAAGUGGAGAAUGGCAUAAUGUCGAAAUAUCCAUUGACUUCCCAACAGCCAUAAGAAUGAGCUUCAAUGACUAUCGCAGAGAACAUCCUGACAUACCUGAAUAUGAUGAUGUAGACUUUAAAGUCACUCUGUCUGCAGCUGGAACUCAAGAUUCAGAAAUUGACAUUGAUAACAUUGCGUUCUAUCCAGCUGCACAUUUUUUGGAUGUUAAAGUGUUUAAUGACAAUCGUGAUGAGUCAGCAGCGAUCCAAAGCGAUGGAAAGAUCAUGAGAAUCUAUUACAAUCACAAGACAGGCAGGGAAAUUGGAAGAACCAAGAAAAAUGGUAAGCUUGAUCAAAUUUUGGUCCGCAGUGAAGGAGAACGGGAUACUCCAAAAACUGUCACGAAGUUCCUGCUGUCAUCUGGACUUUAUGAGACAUUUGAUGUCAAUUUAUAUCCAACAAGAUGGAACUUGAGCAAUAGUCAAAAUUUCAAGGUCCUUCCAGCUGAAUUGGUCCACAUUAGUGACGGAUCUAAUGAUAAAAUUGAGGUUAAGGAUGACACAAUGAUGGAUGACUCAUCUGCUGGAUUGAGGCUUAAUGUUUCAUUGGAUUCUGCAAGAAGCUCCAACUUUCAAGUUAAGUUCAAGUCAGACUCUAUCGAAUUUGAGUCAAAUGGAGGUAAAUUGGCAAGCCUAAAAGUCAAUGGACGUACAAUCUCAACUGUGCCUUCAAACUUUGAAUUAGCGAUCUAUAAAUACCAAAAAAGGACCGUAAUCUGGGUCGAUGGGAUUAUUAAGUUUGAUGAGAUCCUCACAGACACCUGGAAAGGAUUCUCGAUGAAUUUUAAUGGACAAAUUGGCAUCCGUGACUUGUUUGUCAUCAACAAUCCAAAAAUUGAAAUUUAUUAUCACAAUGCAUUUGAUGAGCAUCAACAAGUCGUCAAGCUUGAGUCUGAAAAUUCAUCAGUCGUCACUCAUCACAUGUAUGACAGAUUUGGACAUGAAACUGUCAAGACAAAGUCAACAAAGGUCCUAAAAUCUGCAUCGGAACCUCUUUUGAUGUAUCAUGGCAAUUUCAUCAAAACUUUCGAUCCAGACACUGGUAAAAUGGAUGGAGAUGUUGUGGCACUUAAUCCAUCAGAUGAAGGCUUCCCGUAUGCUCAAACUAUGUACCACAGAAAUCCAUUAAAUGAGAAGAAGAAGGUCGGUCAACCUGGAAAGAAGUUUUCAGCACAGUCAGACUUUGCCACGUCUUAUGACAAGACUAUUGACAUCCCGUUCCUAAAUGCUUACUUCCCAGAGAAUCUUGGAUUCAAAAAGACUGUCGAGAAUCUCUCAAAUGGAAGUCAGACAGUCCUUGUGUUUGAUAAAGAUAACAACAAAGUCGCUAAGUACGUCCAAGUUCCAAACUUUGAUGACAUUUUGACAACAAUUGAGUUUGAUUCCGAAAAGAGAAUUGUGAAGAUCUUGUCACCUCAAUAUCAUGUUGCUGCUGGAACUAUGACAAAGAUCAAUGUAGUCUACACACCAGGAGAUGAUCAUUUGUCACCCGAUGAAAAGAAGUUGCAGGAUGAGCUUGGAAUUCAUCAAAAGUACGACGAUAAAGGCAACUUAGUUGAGAAAAGGACACCGGAUGUUGGUCGGCAAACCUUCCUGUAUGACUCCAAGAACCUCCUUAAAUUCUCAAUAACCCAUAAUGCAGAUCCAACAGAUGGACAAACUAUUUACUACAAUUAUGAUAAUUCAGGAGCUUUAUCAGAGACUGGAUACAUAACAAGGCCAGUCAGCAUUGAUUAUCUAUCAAAAUUCACUGAAAGUAACUUCCACACACAAGCCACAGAGUUCCAAAAAAUACAAUUCAAUGAAGGCAAGUCCAAAACUAUUGCGACGGUCAAUCACGAGCUUAUUGUCAGCGAGGAUAUCCAAUUUGAUGAGAAUGAUGAAGAUAAAAUAGUUACAAGACGUUUGGCAGUUCCAACAUUGACAGACACUCUUGAAACAUCAUUUGAAGUCAACAGGAAGUACAAUGGUGAGAAUGUGGAAGUCCUGACUUAUCCUACAACUGAUGAAGGCAAAACUCUUGAGGUUAAGAACACAUACAAUGGAGUUGGACAGCUUAUUGGCAUUGGAACUGUUGAGAAGCCUUUCUGCUUUGCUAAAUUUACUUACGAUGCCAAUGGACAGCCAACAAGUGAAGUUCAUGAGCUUAACAACCUUAAUAGAAAUUACAGCUACAACUCACCAGGAUAUUUGAAUAAAAUUGACGAUGACUUUUUAACUGAAGACAUCACAUACAUCGAUGGUGGAUAUGGACAACGUGGGUAUGGCGAUGGAAUUGUUAUGAAGACUGCUUACAAUGCUAAAUGGUCGGAUGCAUAUUUUAAUGAAGGAGAUGAUAGCGAUAGUGAUAAUGAUUAUGUUGAUCGUGUUGUUCCUGAAGAGAGUAGGAAUGGUGUGAAAUUAAGGAAGAAUCAAGGAAGACUGAAGAUGAGAAUCCAGGAUUUAAGAAGACCGAUAAUGGAAGGAAAUAUCAAUAAUGAUGAACAUUUGAGGCCACAAGACAGUGGAACUCAAAAAGCUAGAAUUUUUGGUGAAGGUUCACGGCCAGACAAUCGAGACCAGCAAACUGUAAACUCAAGAACAGAAAAUCAACAAAACUCCAGCUCAGGAGAUCAAAACAAGCCAGAAUCAAGUUCAAGAGACACCAACUUGAACAAAAUAAGGCAUGAAGGUAGAGAUAACAUCCAGAACUCAAGAUCUAAUCAUAUCAAUCGCACCAGGAUGAGCCCAAGUCACAGCGGAGAAGUUGGUAGAGCUGACAGUGACUCCUUUGAAGACAGAAGCAAACGGGAAGUUGAAUCUGAUUUACUUAACAAUCAUCAAACUUUAGGAUGUUCAGGAAGUUCAGUUACAAGAAAGGAACCAAGAAGUUCUUCAAAUCAUGUUCGCAACAGAUUUAUAAGCAAAGAAAUGAGCUCAGAAGAGCAAGGUGGAUCAACAAGUGGCCAGCUACCGACUCCUAUUGAUGACAUCAAUCCAAGAUCAAUUGACUGCAACCAAGAUCCUUCAAACAGAAGCAAACGAGACAUAAACAUCCAAGAAACUGCCACAAAAUCACGCGACGAAAAGAUUGCAGAAGUUAUAGCCAAUCCAGAUGAUGAUGCAUGCAUCAAGUCACUCAAGAAAUUAGGAAUCAUCUCAAAGAAAGGAUUUUUGUUCAAAAGAGCUCUAAACACAAACGAGGAAGUUGACUUGCCACUAAAAUGCUAUGACAGCAAGAUCUACGAUGAAAUAUCAGCAAAAUACCAAAUUCCUAAAUUUUAUGGCCAUCGAUACACAUACGGGAAUCACAGAGAACUUGUCAAAGCUAAAUACUUUUCAACAAAUGACGAAGAAGCUGUUGAUCCACUUCAGAUGCAGACAUAUAUGGAGAAGAUGACUGGAAUCACACUUUAUCAAUCACAUAACAUCUUCAAUACUUUGAGGGAUGGCAACUACAUAGCUGUAGAUCAACUUAGUAAUGACAAGAAGUCAUCGAUUGCAACUAGAGGUGCUACAUCUAUGCUUAGAGAUGAUGACUUGAACAAGCUAUUAGACAACUUAUCACAAGGCGAAGAGUAUGACUUCCAUGAAGUCUUUUCAGUCACUAAGCAGCUGAUUUUUAACACAAUUGCUGACCAGAAGGUCUUAAGCUAUGAUGAAUUUGAGAAAAUAUUCUUAAAAUGGAAGAACGCAGAUGGACCAAUUUUUGUAGAAGAGCUGAAGAAGUUAAAGAGGUAUGCUCGGAAGCUGUAUGAUGGUUUGGUCCAGCAGAAGCUACUUCCAACCUCACAAGACACUAUGAUUACUCCGAUCAAUGCUAAACUUGUCACAGAUCUUAAAAAGUAUCAAACAUCGCAGGUUCUUGAUAUUGUGAACAUAACCUCAAAGAUCUUCAACAAUCAGAUCCAAGAGACAGCCUUUGACACGGUCUCACAUGAGAUUGAUGCUAAUGGAAAUCACAAAGCAUUUACGACUGGAUUUGAGACUAUCAAGCUUGACUAUCAAACAUAUACAAGCAAGUUGAAGACUCUUAAGUAUAAAGGCAAGCAAUAUACAGUCGAUCAUGAUGGAUAUGGCAAUAUGACAUCAGCACCACAUAAAGGAGUCAAAAAGAUUAUUUAUCAUCCAGUAUCAAGAAGAGUCAUGGAAGUGCUGCUCACAAAUGGAGGAUCAAUCAAGUUCCAUUACAAUUCACAAGGCGAGAGGAUCCUGAAGCAAGUCUAUGACUCAAAAUAUGAAAUUACAAAGGAAAUUUUGUACAUCCGUGAUGAAGACGGGAAUGUUCUGAUGGACCGAGUCAUGAACUUUGACCAAAAAGACAAAACAUGCUAUGAAGUAGUUACUCAUUACAUUUACGGACCAAGAGGAAUGAUUGGAUUUAUCAGAGAUGACAAAUUCCACAGCAUUUUUACAGAUCAUUCAGGAUCAGUCAGGCUUGUCAUUCGAGAUGGCAAAGUUGUUGCUUCUUAUGACUAUUUACCGUACGGAGAGAUGAUGAGGAAGUUCAUAUCUGAUGAUAAUGCUGAUAUAAGAUACUUAUUUCAAGGAAAGGAACUAGACGUAGAAAUUGACAUGUACAAUUAUCAUGCAAGAUUCUAUGACCCAACAAUUGGUCGAUUCCUUCAAACUGAUCCACAGUCUCAAUACUUUAGUCCAUACAAGUUCAGUGGAAACAAUCCAGUCUCAUUUGUUGAUCCUGACGGUGAAUUUGCGUUCCUUCUUAUCCUCGCAUUUGUAGCACUUGGUGCUUAUCUUAGUGCUGCUGCUCACAACAAAAGCUUCAAUCCAGCAAAAUGGAAUUGGAAAGAUCCAGGAACAUACGUGAGUCUUAUUGUGGGUGGAGUUAUGGGUGGACUGAUGCCGGGUAGUAUAGCUGCAUCUAUAGCUUCUUAUGGUAUUGUUGUAACUGCCAGUGUCAUGCUGACAACAGCAUUUGUGUCUGUAGCUGUUGCUAAUAAAAGUUGGAAUCCAGCUGACUGGAAGUUUGAUGAUCCUGAGACUUAUUCAGCAUUAUUCUUCGGACUUGGUGCUGGUGCUUCUGGUUUGAAGGACAUAGCAAGCUAUAAAGCAUUUGCUUUGACUUUAACUAAGAAUGGAAAGAUCGCAUUGUACACAUUUACUGCUGUUGCAGCUACUUCAGCAUUUUAUGUCAAUGGAGUCGUGGUUAGUGGUGGAAAUGCUAAAUUUUGGCAAUGGGACUUUACCAAUCCGGAAAUCUUUGAUGGAGUUAUGAAAGGAUUCGAUGUCGGUGUCUCAUAUCCAAUGACAAUCAUCGAAAUGGGUCCAAAAUUAAAGAAAUUAUUCAAAAAAGGAAAGGAAAUAACAGAUUUCUUGAAGACAUUGAAACUCCAGGAUCUUGUGAACUUAAAGGAUGUUCUAAAAGACAGGAACCAUCCGUUAUACAAAUUCUUAGCCAACUUUGGUGCUGGAUUUAUCCUUAAAGGAGCUAAGAAUAAAGAUUUUAUUCCAAUGAAUUGGGUCAGCAAUGCUGGAUCGUACUCAACAGCAUUAAACACAAUGAAAAGUGGACAGAACCUUGGCAGAGAAGCGAUGGCACUUGAGUCAGGCAUAGUAGGUGUUAAGACAGCAAUGGAAUUCAAAAAUGUAAGAAAUGUUGUCAAGUUCGUCAAGAAGCAAUACGUGUCGUUCGCAAAGGAAGUAGUUGGACAGAAGAGCAGUGGAAUUGCCAAAUACAGAAGAUACAUUGUCAAAAAUGGACAAGUUGAGUCAGAAUUCCUUCCAGCUAUGCAGGGUCGCAUUCGAAAAUUAGCAGAAGAUAUCGAUGUCCAAAAAUCAGACAUAACACAGUCAAUAGUCCGAGAUUCACAACUUUACAUCGACAGAUCCUCAAACUUACUAGGACCAUGCGCAAGUGCAAGAAGAAGGCGAUUCAUUGCUGGUGGUGGAACCUGUCGAUCAUUUGGUAUGAACUGGAAUGCAGUCAAGGAUAACUUCGUAAGAGCUGACAUGAAUCCCAUUUUUGAGAAUGCAGCCGUCUUGCCUAAGAUUCCAGCAGAUGAGGUUACAACAAGAGGAUAUGUGACACUUAGUGGACCUGGAAGUGGAUCUAUGGUACAGCCUGGAGAUGUUGGAGUUUUGGACUUUACAAAUAAACCUACAUCUGACAGCAUGCCUGGUCUUGUUGCUGUCAAUAGGACUGUGCUUGAAGUCGACACUAGUACUGAUCGACAGAGGAGACAAGCUAAUCCAGUGUCAAUUGUCAUGACUGAUCAAGUUCCUGGAACUGCUCUUUAUAUCCAAGAAAAUGCAGGCAAAUUGAAGAUUUAUCAUCAAUACAGAGAACCUGAAAGUAAGAUAGCACUUACCACAAAUAACAAAGCUGUUACUGAGUUCUAUGAGACUAAAGAAGGUGUAAAGGUCAAGGAACUUGCAGGUCUUGAAAUCCUCAAACUUUUCAACAGCAACAAUGAGGAAAUUAAAAUGAGACGAGGAGCUUUAGAGAUUCCAGAUGAUGGCGUCGUAAGGUACAUCAAGGAUGGGCAGUUCCAGGUCCUUAAAUCCAUCAAUGGACUAGCAGUGACAGAAGUAGCAAGAAGAAAUAAGGAAAUCAGACAAAGGAAUGCUGAAAUGUUGGCUGUAAAGUUGCCAAACUUUAAUGAGAACUGCGACACAUGCAAAGUAAUUUAUUGGGAGGAUCACUUGCCAGUUGGAGUCAUUGACACUGCUUAUAACUUGAAUAUUGACAGGCAGUUGAAAGCUACAGUUGUGAUCUAUAAAGAUGAUAAGGAUAACUGGAAGUUGUCAUCACAAUUGAUCCAGUACAACAAGGAAAAGGCAGGUGCACCUGAAAUUGCUGAAAUUCGACCAAAACCGAAGAUCUUCGACCUUAAAUUGACAGCAAAGAAAGCUGAAGAAGAUAAAGAUAAUCAAUCAAGGAAGCCAAGAAAUGUCAACUUUGUUCCUGAAGAUUCCAAUGUUCCAGCUAGAAACUACAAAUUCAUCGACAGUUCAACUCAAAACUUCAACCAUCAAACUCCAUCGGUUCUUGAACUUGGUGACUUUUGGUUAAAUGCGACAGACUUCAACUCAAACUUGACACUUGCUUAUGCGUUCCUUAAAAAAUGGACAAAUGAGACUCUAUUCAGCACAAAUGAAGGAAAUAUGCCAAAAAUCACAGACAUUGAAUUUGAAAUCUUUGCGAAUGACUUGACGAAUGACUUUACAGAAAAUAUUUUGGAAUCAGCUUUAAAAUGUGGAAUUCCGACAGUCAUGCGAGACAUUUUGGACGAGAUUAAUUUACAGAAAAUUUCCAACGAAGUUAAAAGAAAAUGCGAGAAAAAUUUGACUGAGGAAAUUCCAAAAUAUUUGAUGAAGGAAAUUUUGGAGAAAAACGAAAAGAAAAUUGUCGGAAAAUCUUCAAAAAAGCAGUUUGAGAAGUUGAAGAAGUUAAUGACUGGAUAUUUGGAGGACUUUGCUGAUGACUUGACUGCUAGAAAUGAUAAGCUGUGGAAUGGCGAGUGAAACCAAAUUUUUUGAUUUAUAUGAUUAAAAAAUACAGAAAUUUCUAGGAAUUUAUCAAAUAAAAAAAUAAAUAAAAUAAAAGAUUAAACCUUCCAAAACUGAUUUAUUCUAAAACUAAGGCUUCAUCAUUAUUUAAUUACCAAUUUGUAAGAAAUCUUCGCAAACAAAUUUCUAAUUAAUUUUUGUUCAAUAAAUGUUUGAACUUAAGAUUGCAACAUUUAAACUUAUGUUUUCAACUUAUGUUCAACUUAUGUUCUUGGUUCUUGGUUCUUGGUUCUUGGUUCUUGGUUCUUGGUUCUUGGUUCUUGGUUCUUGGUUCUUGGUUCU